AUGUCGACUGAAGCAGUAGGCCGUUCGGAUCACGAAACAUCUGUGGCCACUGUGCCCGAAAAGGGUUCCAUUUGCAAAGAUGAAAAUGAAAACACGGAGCUGUGCUUUGGGGAAGCGUCUUUAAAUGGCGGAUUUUCAGAGAGUUACAUGAAAACUCUUACUACACUUUCUUUGAACACUACGAUGCGUGGACCAAAGCAUUACUGCUACGAAUGUGAUUACUAUCUCCACACGCAGCUCAGUAUGACCACACACAUGAAGAUGCACCGUAAACCGUUCUGUCCGAUAUGUUUCCGUAUGUUUUUGGACGAAGCCGAAGUGCAUGUCCAUAUUGCGGAACUACAUUCAAAUCUGUUUCCGAAUGCUGUUGCAUGGCCAGUUUUUGAAGAUGAUUCCUUUUCGCAAACCGAAGCUCCUCCUAACUCUCCGACUCAAGAGUACAAAACACGAUCGACCCAGGACGAUAGAUUAGGAAUGAUAAACAACAACACGAUUUCUUUGUGGAAAGAAAAGAUUGUGGAGAAAUUGCGCCAACAUCAGCAAAUAUUGAACUUUGGUGUACAAUCGAAGGGGAGACAAUUGAAAUCUUCGCGUUCACAUUCUGAACCAUCCAUGGAGACAAAUUCCCGCAAACCGAGAAAAACUCGCAACUACCGUGGCGAAAGUGAACGUUUGUUAUCGAUCGCUGGAGUUACGGGAAAGGUGCACAAAGGCAGUAAGCCGAAACCGAUCGCACCGAGGACUCCGGAUGUCAAAAGUAAUGGAGACACUGCCAAUACCUCACUGAAAAUGCUCACAUCUCGCUUUGGACGCGUCAUUAGUCUUAAGGUUCCGCAAUUUUAA